AGAAGAAUCGUUCAUAAAACCCAUUUAAAGGUCCAGGUUAACUUUAAGCCAGAACAUGUUUGAAAAAUUGAAAACCAAUUUUACAGAAACAAUUGAUUAUUAAAAAGGAAUCAUUCAUUGACUGAAGAAAAAAAACAUCGGAGUCUUUUUCCAAUAGUUUAUAAAAUGUAAAAUAGAAAGAUGAGUUUUUCCACCCAUAAAACUGAGUUUGACACCGUUAAAACGGGAGGAGUUGGUCAUUUGCCACUUAAGACUAGGAAGGAACAAGAACACAUAUUUGAAGGUUUAAGUACCUCUUUGCGUAUUUUAGCAUCGUCGUUACUCGAAAAAAAAACAGAGGAAAAUCUAUCAAGUUAUGUUCGUGACAAUUCCCUGGGCAAUAAAAAUGUUUCUGUUAGCUCAAAUCGACGUGUUCCCCCAAUAGCUAUUUAUAAGGUUGCACCGAAUUUAGACUCAAUAGAUUUACUAAGUUUACAAAGUAGUAUUAUUGAACGCUUGUCAAUUUUACGUUUCUUACAUACGUGUCAUAAGGAAACUGUCAUUACGGAAGACUUUUUAUGCCGGCAGCUUCUAAUCAAAUUGGAGCAGGCAGGGUUUUUCGUUCGUUAUCCUUCAACGGAUGAAGAUAUUCAAGUAGCGUCGCAGUAUGAUCGGUUGUCUCAUUUUUUUCUUAGAUUAGCAUUUUCUCAAGACGCCAUUGCGCGAGAUUGGUUUAUAGAACAAGAAGCCAAACUUUUGCAAGCUAAAAUUUUUAUGCAAAAAUUAAAAAAUGGAAAUUUGUCACCGAAUCUCUUGGUAACACGAGAUAAGAGUGCCAAAAAAUUGGAUAUGUAUAAAUUAGUAUUGGAUCUUUUUGGAAUUGAUUAUAUGUUUAUACACUAUGAUCCUAAGAAAACCGUGGAAAGAAAACUUUGGGAACAUGUUUUUUCGACUUUUCCUCAGCAACGUCUCACGACAAUUAUACGCAUGCCUUGGUGGCCUCAUUUAUCUAAUGCAGUGAAAAGACAUCAAUGUUACCUUGAAGAUGGUUACGGAUAUAUUUCAGUUGACGAGUUACCAAACGUCAUUGUAGGAACAUUUCGUCGAUUUCUAAUGUAUUCUUUUCAAAAGCUUGAAAACCAAGCUUAUCUUGUUAAGAGUGUGGCUUUUUUAGAUCCACACCUUGGUCCAUUAUUAACCAGCGUGGCAGAAUGUCGCUUUCAACAAAAUUCGCCCAAUAUUUCGACUGUGAAUUCCAAUACAAUUACCAUACAAAAUAUUGACCAACUAAGCAUGCAAUGCUUUCCUCCUUGUAUGAAGUAUUUAUAUCUGAAUUUAAAAAAACAUAAACACCUAAAACAUUGGGGAAGAUUGCAAUUAUGGUUGUUUUUAAAAGCAUGUGGAAUGACUUUAGACUCACAACUUGCAUGGUGGAGAAGCGUGUGGAUGAAUCCACAGCAAUUUGAUAAAGAGAUCAAAUAUAACCUACGUCACGCUUAUGGACUUGAGGGUAAACGUGCAGACUAUCCUUCUUUCUCGUGUUCAAAAAUUAUUAGCGGAAAUCCAUCUCCGGGUCCCAAUGAAUACCAUGGAUGCCCAUUUCAUCAUUUUGAUGCUCAACCGUUAAAGAAUUUUUUAUUAAAAUACUACACCGUUACAGCACGAGAUGUCGAUGGUAUAUUACUUCAAAAAUCAACCAAUCAAUUUCAACUAGCAUGUCGAGAGUUAUUUCAAUGUACUCACACUGGAUCUACGGCUGACAAUAUCGGGAAUCAUCCUGAUGUCUAUUUCCAAGAUUCUUACAAAUUUGCCGUGAAAGCUCAAAAAUUGUCUUCUGCUCAAAAUGUGUCGAGUUAACAAUUCAUGACAUUUUAUUAUUUUUUUCGUUAACAUGAUGCCACUAAUGAGCACACUGCGAAUGAUUAACACUAUGGCCCAUUUUUUGUAUUCACAAGAAAAUUGUCUA